AUGCCCACAUCAUCAUCGUCUCGGACACCCAGCAGCAGCACAGCGCCUGCUGCGGCCGUCGCGGCCCCGACUGUCGCUGCUGCCGCUGCUUCGCCGGCGUCCAAGUACCCGCGAUUCGGCAAGCGGGGAGCCCCGCAGGCUUUCCCUUCCAAGCUGUACGAGAUUCUGGAGGGCGAGAACCCCGACAUCGUGGGAUGGACUGCAACGGGAAGGGGGUUCGAGGUCCGCGACCACGCCCGGUUGAGCUCCGAAGUGUUGGGCCGCUUCUUCAAGCAGGACAAGUUCUCCAGCUUCCAGCGCCAGCUCAACCUGUACGGCUUCCGCAAGAUCACCAAAGGCAGCGAGAGCGGCUCCUACCAGCACCCCCACUUCCGCCGCGGCGAGCGCACGACCCUCCUCACCAUCCGCCGAUCGACCAAGGAAGGGAACAACAGCUGGGGUCCCUACCCGGACACAGCCGCCGCCGCCGCCCCUGCCACCUCCGUGGGAGGCCACAACGCCGCAGCUCGGGAAGAGUGGCAGCAGUGGCCGGGCGCCUCCAACCCCUCCUCUUCCUUCUCCUCCGACGCGACAGCCGCCAACGGCAACGCCGAACAGGAGGCCGUUAAGGCGCAGGCGCAGUCCGCGCUCGACCAAAACGACGUCGAGGUUGUGAGCCUGCUGCAGCGGAUGGCGAAGGAGGCGCAGGAUAGCCCGGCGCGGAAACGGGUCGCGCUGGCGGCGCAGCAGUGGGAAGGGGCACGGGCUCAGCAGGCCGCCGCGGGCGAAUCCUCUCCCGCGCGACACGCGCAGCAACAACAGCAGCAGCAGCAGCAGCAGCAGGCCCGUUUCGAGAAGCCCCGACCGGCGCCGGCGGGGUCUGACGAAGCCGGGCAAACCCAGCAGAUGGUAUUCACCGAGCGUUUGUACGACAUCCUGAGCCACGAGCGCCUUGGUGCCGGCGGCGGCGCCGCGGCCUCCCAGCAGGCGAGGUUCUUGUCGCUGGCGUUCGGCACGGAGGGGAGGGCGGCACCUCCAGGGUUCCCGCAGAAGCAGUACCAGCAGCACUACCAGGGCGCGGGGCUCCCCUCGCCGUUCGGUUCUACGGCAACGACGGCCUCGUGUUCUUCUUCCCCCUCUUCCUCCUCGGCGUCGUCCGCGGCGUUUUCGCACCUGCCGCUGCCGUCGCAGCUGCAGGAGCAGCCGCGUCGCCGCCAGGAUCCGUCCGAGUCGGUGGAGUCGACGCACCGGCGGGGCGGCGAGGGUGAGGAAGGGACAGCAGCAACAGGCGGGAUGGUGAUGUCGGAGCAAGAACGGCAGGCUCUUCUCGCGCGCUCGCGGUCGGGGCCUUCGGCCGCCGCCGCCGCCGCCGUCGCAGCUGCUGAGCAGGACAGACAGGCGCUGCUCGCGCGCCCCCGCACCGGCCCGGCCGGCUACUCCCGCGACGACGAGCACCGGUACUACCAGCAGCAGCAAGACGCCGGCUACAUGUACGACCGCAGCCCCGACAGGUCGCCGCUGGGGAGGGGAGGAGGGUUCUCGUUCGGGAGCGGCAGGUUCGGGUCGGGUGCGCCGCAGGGCUCUGGCGGUGGCGCGUUGCCGCCGCUCCCAAGCCUCAACUUCGAGCAGUACAACGUCGGUGGCGGUGGCGGAGGCGGUGGUGGCCCUGUUGGUGUGGGAGAGAUCCGCCGCGCGCCCUGGUACGGACCCGAGUCGUCGUACGCGCCUCCGCCAAUCGGCAGCUACGUGAACUGAUUAGCUCGGUUCUUUCUGCUUUCGGUGGUGAGGAGAACAGGCUCAUCAGCCUUCGUCGCUGGUAGCAUUGGCACGGCGGGAAUAGGGUGGAGAUGGAUGUCCGAUGAGAAUGGCGCUGCUGCCUUUGACACGAGGUUCACGUGUGAUGUCGCCCAGAAAAUGGGCUUCUUUCGAUUUUCGACUCUGAUAAAGGGUUCCAGAGGGGGGAAGGCGAGGGGGGGGGUAUUUUUGCGAUGUCAAAUGUACCUGCGUGCGUGAAGGGAUGGGUGUGCGCAUCCGUGCCAGACACAUCGCUGCGGGUUCAUAGAGAAUAGGGUAGGAGUAGGUUAAGCGAAUCAUUUAGGGGCCCCGAAAGGCUUAGUACGUGGUUUUGUGUCGAGAAAUGAACGAACUAGACCUGCGCCUGGGCGAAGAAAAGGCGACCGAGACAGGGGUCAUAUGUCUGCAGAAAUUGUUGAGUCUGGUGAUCAGCGAAGAAGGUAUAUCGUGUCUUGCUGCGGUUGUGUGUUGUGUUGUGUGUGCGCGCGCGCUCGCGGCACACUCACCAGCUUGUUGUUCCGGCGCGGCAAAGUAGCGGUGUUGGUUAGCUAAAAGAGCAUGCCGUCGUAAUCGUAAAGCAGCGCUGUUUUGUGGUGGUGGUGUUGUCGAUUGAUGAGAAGGUAGUAAUUUUCAUGGCACUCGGGGCGAAAGUUCGAGAGGUGCUUGCUGGUGUAAUUUUUUGACAGCCUGUCGCCAGCCAGCCUACAGAAAGUUCGAAGAAGAGAAGCAACACAAAAGCGGAGCCACUGGUAGUUAUUGUUUUGGUUCAUAUUCUCUUGGUGUUUGGUCUGGUUGUUUGCUCCGGGGGCGUAUUGUUUAGACUCGCCCAGUUCGGAUCCUGUGCUACGGUCUGCCAGAAGUUGACACACUUAAGUCUGGGUGGUGGCUGAGGGGCGAACGUCGGGCAUACCCGGAAAAAAUAAGGGCGCAAUUGGUAUUUCUUGUUUUUUAGGAGGUGCGUCCAGGUGGGUGCCUGGUGGUACUGCCGAGCGCUAGGGCCGAGCAUGGGGUUUAGCGUGCAAGUGCGCCACGCAACGGCUGCAGAAACGUUCCGUCGAGGCACGUCGUCUUUAGUGAUUUUGCCCCUCCUGAGCAGUAUUUUUACUUGGUACCUAUAUCCGAGUCGAUCCCCCCGCAGGUGCAGUGCCGGAGCCAGUCUGCUAAUUUUUUUUUCGUUGUCGUUGUUUGUUCAUUCUGCUUUGCUCGGGAAGGGGAGAGAAGGCAGCAACAACCAGGCCAUCAAACAAAACACUCGUAUGGUUUCUCCGCCAAGAGGAAGAGGUGGGGGUUGUGUGUAAAGUGUUACGUGGGACGGAGGGGAGGGGUCACCGAUUGUGCAGAACAUGGUACAAUAUUUUCAGCGCAAGACGGCAAGCCAGAGCUCAAAUGUGUAUGAAAUGGAAGCGUGCUUUGCGUUUGCCACGGUCAUUGUUGUGCAUUCUAGAGCUAGAGAGCGGGCGACGUAGCCGAGAAAAGAAAAUGGAGACAAAAAAACUCGAUUGGCUUUCUCAGGACUGACUGCUGUUCUGCACUCAUGUAGGGGUACGGUGUCGGAAGGCAAGGCAGGGAGGUAGGUGUGUCAUUGUGUGCAUAUUGAAUGGGACUUGACUUUGGUGUUUGGUUUUUGUUUGCUGCCGCCCUUCCCCCCGCGGUGGGGAUCGAUCAGCUUUCGUUUCCGCGCAUGGACUGGCUGGGCUCAAAGGUGUGUCGGUGUUCGUGCUACCGCUGCCAAUUUGUUGUUAUCUGGGCUGUGUUUUUGUUUUGCGUGGACGAUUAGAUUACGAUGAGGGGGUAACGGUCUCUGCUUCGCUUGCUCACAACAACACUAAUUCCAGCAUAUCUCGAGCUAUGUGUCUGAGUACGUCCGUGACUGUACAAUUUGUACGUCGCUCUGUUUUGUACCGCCGCCGCCCCCCCCCCCCCCCC